AUGGGUAUCCCAGGUCUUAUUCAAGAGCUUGGCUCUGGGAACAGGGUCUCCUUGGCAAAGUUUGCAAUUGACCACCUCCAGAAGACUUCGCGAUCGAUACGAAUCGCUAUUGACGUAUCGAUCUGGCUUGUUCAAUCAAGGGCUGCCCAAGGUGGAUCUAAUCCAGAGCUUCGAACUUUGUUUUACCGGCUUACAAGACUUCUCGCGCUUCCUAUCCACCCUAUUUUCGUGUUCGAUGGCCCUAGAAGGCCGGAGUACAAACGAGGAAAAAUAGUUAUCAGGGAUGGCAGAGCAGGAGGACAGAACCUUCGCUCCGCCAAACGAUUGAUCGAACUUUUCGGGUUUCAUUGUCACAAUGCUCCUGGAGAGGCCGAAGCGGAAUGUGCCAAGCUCCAGGCGAACGGCAUCGUUGAUGCCGCCAUGAGCAAUGAUAUCGAUACGAUAAUGUUUGGUUCCAAAGUUACGUUAAUGAAUUUUUCUAGGGCAUCAUCGAAGAACCCGGGCGCUGCUACCCACGUGAACGUCUACACGCGGGAAGGGACUUCUGCGAAUGUCAAUUUCGAUGUCGGGGGCAUGGUUUUGUUUGCACUUUUAAGCGGAGGUGAUUAUCUACCGACUGGUGUACCAAAAUGUGGGCCAAAAUUAGCUGCGGAAAUAAUGCAGGCUGGGUUCGGUAUCGAUUUGAUAAACGCUGCCAAGAGCAGUUCAAGAUACCCGACAGCGAGUUUGGACGAGUGGAGGGAAAGGCUAAACUAUGAGCUUUCAACAAAUGAAAGCGGUUAUUUCAGGUGCAAACAUAAGGCAGUGCAGAUACCUGAAGACUUUCCUGACCAACAGGCACUCUUUGACUAUGUACACCCAGUAACCUCACCAUUAUCCGAGUUACAAGACCUUCGAAACCUACCAUGGGAUCGAGAGAUUGACGUCGUUGCCUUGAGGGAGUUUGUGUCAGAGGAGUUCAAAUGGACUUGUCUCCCUGGCGCUCAUCGUUUUAUUAGGAAAUUUUCACCGUCACUUAUAUCCUACUACCUACGUGCUCAUCCCCAAAAACUCCCCAGCGUUCAAGUAUAUGGUAGGAAGGAGAACAUUAACGUGGAUGGACUAGUUGAGCUGAAAUUGAAAUAUAUACCGGCUCAUGUUGUUUGUUUUGAUUUAGAUGCAGAGGAAAUGCCUGUGUCCCAAGCUGAGAGUCUAGAUCCUGUUACUAUUGUGGAUGAAUCUGAACCUGAAGAUGGCACCGCUGAGCCCUCAAGCUCCGCCGCAAAACGAACAUCAUAUGAUCCUACAAAGGAACAGAUAUUCUGGACCUUAGAGGUGUUGGUAACGAUGGGUACACCCGAAACAGUGAGAACGUGGUAUGAAGAACAGGAACAGAAGAAAAUUGCUGCUACAAAACCACCGGGAUCAAAAAAGGGCUCUAGAAGGACAAAAAAGGCAGUGGAUGCUGGGAUGAUACCAGGCUCACUCCAUCGAUAUGGUACAAUCAUGAAAGCACAACCGAAAUCAUCGGCAAAACCUCCCAGGGAUCCAAACCAACUUCUCGAUUCUAAUAUUUCCCACCACAGUCAGGCUAUUCGGAACAGCACGCAAAAAACUAUCGCUGAUUGUUCUGCGUUCGCAAUUAAAAGCACAAAAAGCGGGGCCUCGUCGUUUUACAAAUUACCAAACGCAAGAAAGGAGAACGGUGGUCCAACGUCAAGCGAUAUUGAAGCAGCCAUGGCUCUUGGGGAUGAUGCUGAUGACACAGUGGAAUGCAUAACAAUCUCGUCCUCCCCGCCUGAAGCGAGCCCAUUUUGCAUCGAAGACAGGAGAAGUAGCUCAUCCAGUAGUCUGAAAACUACAAGACCGGCGCUGCUGAGUCCGCGGUCGACGUCUAGGAGUGUUCCACAAUCGCUAAAUCAUGGGUCGAACCAAAAAUCAAGUAUUACCAAGGCGGCGUCCCGUCGGAAGCAUGAAGCCAAUUUAGAUGGAGGGCAGCAUAUAAUUGUCCUAGAUGAUCUAUCCUCUGACGAGGAGCCUUCCGUUAUAUCUCAACCGGAUAAGAGUUUGACGCAACCCACAAAGACUAUACCUCCCCAGCGAAAACCUCAACAUAUUGAUCUUACGCAUAUCAUUAUUCGGGACGGCUUUUGGUCAUAUAGACCUCAUAUUCCUGCGAGAAGCAUCUCGAUAUCAAAUGAAAGUGAUGAUCCUCCAAGUGAGAGAUUGUUUAAGCUUACAGGGCGCGCCAGCAUUUUGGAUCUUACUGGGUAA